CAAAGCGAGGCCCGGCAGCCGGCGCAGUCGCCUCGGCAGCCUCGGGAGGCGUGUGCAACAAGAUGAAGCUCAUCAUCCUGGAGCACUAUUCACAGGCCAGUGAGUGGGCGGCCAAAUACAUCAGGAACCGCAUCAUCCAGUUUAACCCAGGACCAGACAAGUACUUCACCAUGGGACUCCCCACUGGGAGCACCCCACUUGGCUGCUAUAAGAAACUGAUUGAGUACUACAAGAAUGGAGACCUGUCCUUUAAAUAUGUGAAGACCUUCAACAUGGAUGAGUAUGUGGGCCUUCCUCGGGACCACCCAGAGAGUUACCACUCCUUUAUGUGGAACAACUUCUUCAAGCACAUUGAUAUCCAUCCAGAGAACACCCACAUUCUGGAUGGGAAUGCAGCUGACCUGCAGGCUGAGUGUGAUGCCUUUGAGCAGAARAUCAAGGCUGCAGGCGGGAUCGAGCUGUUUGUCGGAGGUAUCGGCCCCGAUGGACAUAUUGCCUUCAAUGAGCCAGGUUCCAGCCUGGUGUCCAGGACUCGUGUGAAGACAUUGGCCAUGGACACCAUUCUGGCCAAUGCUAGGUUCUUUGAUGGUGAUCUUGCCAAGGUGCCCACCAUGGCCCUGACAGUGGGUGUAGGCACUGUCAUGGAUGCUAGAGAGGUUAUGAUCCUCAUCACAGGCGCUCACAAGGCUUUUGCUUUGUACAAGGCCAUUGAGGAGGGGGUGAACCAUAUGUGGACCGUGUCUGCCUUCCAGCAGCACCCCUGCACCGUGUUUGUGUGUGAUGAAGAUGCCACCUUGGAGCUGAAAGUGAAGACUGUCAAGUAUUUCAAAGGUUUAAUGCUUGUUCAUAACAAGUUGGUGGACCCCCUGUACAGUAUCAAAGAGAAAGAAAUUGAGAAAAGCCAGUCUUCUAAGAAACCAUACAGUGAUUAGCCUAUGCUGGGACCUAUUAUCAAGUACCUCAUAGGAAAUUUUCUUUAGGAGAACAGAAUUGUUUUUCUUUAGUCCAGUAUGGUUACUGCAGUAAGUAGGUGAACUUACUCUUCUUGGUUCYGAGGCUAGAAGCCUUGUCAUGGAGUUCAGCUGUGGAAUGACAUGUAACUUAAUCAGAAACAGUCUCUGAACAGUGUUCUCCAUCAUGUUGCUGUCCACCACACCCAUGUUAGGGCUUCUUGGCUUUUUGUUCUGCCUUAGCCACUGUUCACGUGUACAACACACUCCUGUCAGGAAUUUCUAUCCUUAUGUGCACCUAUUAGAGGGUGGGAAUUAGGGGCUUGUGUAUUUUGGACUCAAUCUCUUUGGAGUCUUGAGACCUCCUCUUGAGCAAGCCUGCCCCUUAUGUGAGAACUGCUGCUUCAGGUUAAGGUGUGMACUUGAUAUCUAAAUGACAUACAAGGUAGCAGCUUCUCUGGUCAGUAACAAGUACCACAGAAAGAAAACUGUUCCUUACUCUCUUUCUCCUAGUUGUUUUUCUACUCUCAAGGUGGCUUUUCCAUGAACUGGGAGGACUCCUUGGAGGAGGAUUUGGGUGGCUGGGGCUAAAGAGGUAGCUUUUGCUAUUAACUCCAAAGCUCCAGGAGUCCAUCCAUGACAAAUUUCUCUCCCUUUGGGGACCCAAAAGGAGAGAGGUAGAAACCUUUUCCCUCUAGAGCCCUGUGUUUUUGUCAGAGGUCUCUUACAUACUCAUCAGUAAGGAGGAGACGCACCAGGGCAACAGACACUUCUACAGCUUCAGUGUUGUGAUCAGACAAGGUGCUGGGGCAGAAAGCAGCUCAGUUCUGAGUUUAGUCACUACACACAAAUGCCACCCUCUCCUGCCUCCCUCAGAGUUGAGUGCCAAGGCCACACACCAGAUACUUUUAGUAUUGUUGCCCCAUUUAACAUAUCCUGCUCCUCUAACCCUCUCAGGUUUGUGUGGUAGGAUCUGAUGUCAGAACAUCAAGAAUUACAAGCCUGGGCUGUGGAUGUGGCAUUUGCCUAGUGURCAUGGAGCCCUGGGUUCUGUUUACAGCACCACAAAAAA